AUGCAUCAGCACCCUCGAUCACCUGCGGUGCCUUCAUCGGCACCCAGGCUCUCUUCCAACCUGCCCGCUCGGGACGACCCAAGAGAGCACGACUCCGUGCCACCCUCGCCUUCUACAGACAUGAGAACAAACUCCGCUCGGGGCCUAGGCAUCGAUGCCGGAGCAGACGCCACCGGGCAGACGAGAGAAGCAGCACUCAGGAAAGAGGCCAUCACCAAGUUGAACCAGAUCAUCUCGAACUACCACACAAAAGCCGCUCUGAUCAUUUUGCAUUCACGCGUGGAGCUGCCGGCAAGCUUCAAUAAGGGCUCUGAUAGCCCGAGAAUCAAUCGCUGGGUACGACGAUCCCGUCCUGUUUCGUUACCCCACUUCAAGAACGAAGUGCUAACCUCGAUCUCGUCUUUCCAGUUUAAUGUCGAAUUGGAAGAUACGGAUGCUCUGCGGGAGCCACUUUGGACCUGGAGGUCAUGCAACGCCACGGAGAAGCGACCGCCACCCCUCAUCAUCGAAACGUUUCUAGACGGCAAGGGCCUUACGAAUAACCAGAGCUUGGUGAUUUUAGACGAGAACGGUAAGCGAUGGGAUGUACAAGAAUCACUCACGGCAUCAAGAGGUGCCCGUGCAUCUCAAGGACGCCAGUCGGACUCUAAUGAGAUUAUUUUGGAAAGAUGGAGAAUCGAGUUAGGCGAGUCCUCCAGCGGGCUGCCGUCAGAUCUGAGCUCCAUCUUGCCGACUGUGUAUAAGAAAAGCAUUGUCCUUUUCCGAUCCUUAUUCACUUAUUCUAAGUUCCUACCUGCGUGGAAGUUCUCUAAGCGCAACACAAAGGUUCGUCGGAGCCCGGCACUACACCUCAGAUAUCGUGUGGUAGAUGGGAGCACUAUACGCAGUGAUUCUGCGGCUGAUCCUUUGACGAUUCCGUUACAUGAGAGGACUGAGAAGGUGGUGGACACGUAUAGAUUUGGCGUGACAGAAUCCCCUGCUGGGCCCUUCACAGUAUCAGUCACAUAUCGAACGAAUUGCGAUUUCCGGGUGGACGAUUCAGAAGCGCUACUGAGCUCGCGUUUCAUGGGCGCCGACGACGCUAUCUUCCGUCCCUCAUUGCCGUCAGAGGAAGCUACUCGCCUGGGGCCUGAAGUUGGGUCGGUACCAGUGGAAAGAAGGACGAUUGAAAAUCCAGACUGCUCGCGUGCAUACGGAAGUCUGUCAACGUUUCACCAGGUUGGGCCGGCUACUGGCGCCAGUCCUAUAUCUGCAUUGCGAGCAGCCCGCGAUUCAGGUGUUGGGUCGUCAUCUCCAUCGGAUUCGCCUAAGAAGUUGAUGCCCGCUGCGAAAAUAGCACCCACAGGACGUGCCGCUCAACUUGCAAGUGAAAGUGGCAGUUCUAACUUUACUCGUCGCCCUUCUGUCUCAUUCCAACCCUUCAAAGCACCACCUCUCUCCGCAUCACCUGCUCUCGUCGAUACUCCUUUAGGCGUGUCUCCUCGUACUACAUCUGCACGUCUCUCUAUUGGAACGUCCGCAGACUCGAGGUUCAUGCCCCCUCCCUCCGUUGCAGCAGCCGCUCGUCGACCUCCGGUUCUUGCAUCUGAACAGGCUAUACCUUCUUCUACUUCCGCAUCUCCCAAGCCUGCACCCCUUACACGCUAUAGUAGUUCUUUCAGCCACCGUCGAGGCCGACCAUCCUCGGGAGGUAUUCCCCGAAUGGAAGAUGACACCUCCAGCGGCAAAGCUAGUGCUGCAUCGUCCAACGUCCAGCCCGGCUCCGGCCUUCUCGCAGAAGCAACAGGGACGAGCGCGGAAUCGAUGCACGCAGACGAUGAAAAUAUUUCUGAGUUCCUGAAGAUGCUUGAUACAAGUAAGGACUUGAUGACUCGGUCCGCGGCCAAUAUCUCGCUUGAGGAGAGUGCUCGAAACGCGACUGCUCCUGCAGCUGCUCUGGCUCGCUUCCGAGGCCUGGUUGCGCCGCACGCCGCCCUCUCAGAUUCCAUGACAUCCUCCAUGCACAUACAUCGAUCCUCUACUUCCUCCAGCAAGCAGCUGUCAGGCGUCCCACCGAUGGUUGCGGGUACCUCCAUAUCUACUGCCUCUUCUCCUGGGAAACCAAUCUCGCCUCACACGCCUCAUACGCCUGCCAUCCGAUCCCGCCUCAGCUCCAAUAGUGUUGCUGAUGAUAUCGUCAUUGACCACGAACGCCAGCGGGCCGCAAAUAUCGAGCACGAUCCUGCACUCGAUGAGCACCCCAGCCUCGAAGCCACCCAGCAUGCCUCUACUGCAGCUGCCAUUGACAUUCCAACUUCUCCGCGGGUCUUCGAUCCCAGCUAUCGCCGGUCAAGCUCUGCCGCCCAACAUAGACGCCAUACGGUUAGCGAUGACGACGAGAUCUUCCCCUUCGGUAUGCGCAGCAUGAGCGUGGGACCUCAGCUCCCUCUACCUAUCGGCACACAGCAAGAGGCCGAGUUCGCUCCCGAGAAUCAAUCCAAUCAACAGUCACCCUCUAUCGACGCACCUGCUACCGCCACAAGCAGCACCGGCCCCUACCGCGACGCUGUCUCAUCUCGAGGCGCUGGUCCUACGGCUACAUCAACUUCGUCCACUACAAACGUUUACCAGCCCCGUUUCGCCAGCUCGCGCGGCCGUGGUUUCUCCGGUGGUCCGCAAUCCCUUAGUUCUGCCUCCAGCAGCCUAGCCCGAGGCGCUAAUAUCCCGUCUCAUCUCGUCGAGCGCGAUGCCGACCGCGACGGUAACGCCAGCGGUAGCAACAGCGGCAAUUCCACCAUGGAGAUACGGCGUGGAUCCGGCCACCGGCCUAGCACCAACCGAGCCCCGCCAUCUCAGAUCGAAGACGACGAGCCCCUGCUUUUCGCAAUGAGCGAUUUCGGCGCUUCCCGGCGCAGUCUGGAAGAGAACCGAGGCAAUCACGGUGGCAGUGACUCGGCCGGUGGAUCUCGUCGUGGCAGCGGCCGUCGCGGAGCUGGACUCCCUGGCUUCCAUCCCUGGUCCUAG